AUGAGAAACAAACUGACCCACCCCAAUGUAAAAUUUCGCAGGAAGGCACUUUCAAAGAUUCUCAAGCUAUUUCGCCAGACGCCCAAGCAUGAGCGCACUGCAUUCCCGAGUCUCCUGGAUCUUCCAAGCGAGAUUCGUUUGCUUAUCUACCAGUUUGCCUUUGCUACUACCGGCAACCAUAUACUCGUCACUGUUGAUCGUGACAGACGUGGGAGUCGUCCGAUGCCAACCACAGAUGACCCAAACGAACGACCUACUCGAGAGCUCAGAUACACUCGCAUGCCUUCCACACCUUUGCCAGCAGCCUUACUUCAGACGAACCAGCAGAUAUACUGUGAAGCCCUCCCGGUUCUAUACGCGAACACCAUCUUCUCAGCCUCAUCGAAUCUCACCUCAUUAAUGUACCUGAAAGAUCGCCUGUCGCAGUUGGCGAGAAACAAUAUUCGACAAGUUCAGCUUUGCCCUACCUCUUUGCUCUCUGAAUCUUUUAUUCGAGAGCGAGAGUUGCUGUCGUGGACCAUCCUUUGCGCUGAAGUCGCCGAUCUUCCCGCCCUCGAUCGAGUUUGGAUAUCAUACCCCAAGCCAGAGACGUUGAAAUAUGGUACUAUAGAGUUCCAUCAAGGGCGCUAUGCCAAGUGGUUGGAUUUAGUUCGAGCUAAAAAGUAUCUUGUCUUUGACGUAUUUGAGGGUAGCGCAGAAGACAGGGAAAAAUGUCGAAAGCGGUUCAGAGAGAUCGUACGAGACACCGGCGAGGCUUUGGGGGAUUGA